UAAUGCGUCAGCAACACCAUGAGACGAGUGCUGCAAAAUACAAGCUACACGGGGUCAGGAUGAUCUGGGCUCAAUGUCAAGGAGCUUCACCGGCAAACGGAACCCCGAGGGCCUGCUUGAAAUCAUUGCCGUCAUAAUAUUCGGAUGUAUAAGAUAUUCUGCAAGUAGACAGUGACGUUUGGAGAGGCCUCUCCCCUUCCUCUCCUGUUGCUGUAAGUCCACUGGCCCACCAUGUCCAUCCAGAUAUGUAGAGUGGUGGAGUUGGUGAUGCGCUCUGCUUGCUGCCACAGCAUCAGAGGUCGAUCCUGCUUGCAUAAGGCAUUGUUGGCCCCUGUGUGUCCCUCUGGCCUCUGUGUUCCUGUGCUUCAUAGAAGGGCCUAUAGCCUGGACUCUCUGUCUUCGGGCCCUGGUCGGCCAACACUUGGUUCAAGUUCACAGCAGCCCCGCACAGAGAGGACGUCCCCAUCCGCAGCACUCACGCACAGGAACCUGUCUGCAGUGGCUCUACAGGGCCAACGUCGUUCAUUGGGCCAGUAUGACUUCCUAGACCUCGGGGAGGUAGAGGACAAUGUUCGCCGUGCUAAGGCCUGUAAAAAAAGCAGACACUUUAUAGUGGACCCACGCCUGGCUAAAGUGGUAACACAACAUCUAGAUCCUGAGGACGUGAAAACUGUUAUCUUCGAAUGUAAUCCAGGUCCUGGGGUGUUGACUAGGACUCUCCUAAAUGCUGGAACUCAGAGAGUUGUGGCUCUUGAGGGAGAUUUGUCCUUCCUACAUGAUCUACAGGAGUUGGAAGGUCGUCUUGAUGGUCAGCUGGAGGUAGUUCACUGUGACUACUUUAAUUUAGAUCCUAUCGGUAAUGGACACCUGAAAGCCCCCGCCAUGUUCACUGACAAGCUGUUCACUGAUCUGGGAAUAUCAGAAUCUAGCUGGACUGAUGACAUCCCAGUGAAGGUAGUGGGUAUCCUGCCCCAGAUUAAGGAGCGUAGCAUGCUGCUGAAGAUGGUUUACGCUUUGUUUGAAAGACUGUCUGUCUACAGAUAUGGAAGGGUUGAGCUCAAUCUCUUCAUAAGCGAAAAGGAAUACCUGAAACUGAUGUCACGUCCAGGUGACAUGUUGAACUACAGAGCUUUCAGUGUCCUCUGGCAGAUGGCCUGUGAAAUCGAACUAUUGCACAAGGAGCCAUGGGAGUCAUUUGUAAAGUCUAAACAGAGUGCACCUAGUCCUAAAGGCAGGUCCCCUCAUCUUCCCAAUGACCACCUGUGCCUGGUGCGUCUGCGUCCACGGGCUGAUCUGUUCUCUGGAGGCCUCACUACCUCUAAUGCUUUAACUCUGGUGAUAAUGAUAAAACAGUGUCUGGCAAAGAGGAAGGUCAAGCUCAUUGACAUGCUCAAUCUCUGGUCACCAGACACUGGGAGUAAGCUGUUAUCUGAAAUGGGCAUGCAGGAGGAUAUUCUAACGGGACACGUAUAUCCAGAGGAGUAUCUCCAGCUUUUCCAGUUGAUGGACAAGAGCAAAGAGUUUACACAGAGCUGGCUUUAUGAGGAGAUCCUGGAGAACACACUGAGAGAAGGUUGGGGGUAAAAUAUAGUCAAACAGGUCACAACGUAGAGAUUUAUGCAAUUUCAAUACAAAAAGAAACAUACAAACACAUAUUUGUAAUAAGAUGAUAAAUAAUAAGAUAAUAACUUAUAAAACUUGGAACAUACAUAUAUAAAGAAACGAGUAAAGAAAUAAUAUAAAUGUUAAUUACAUAGUCAUAACCUGACUGCAUAAACUGUAAUUGAGGAUGACGAAGCAACAACGUCAAAUUACUCCCUCUGUUGUCCUGGACCAGGAAUCACAUGAGUUGAGAUAAAGUUUGUGUUUGGACACAAAGAUACUGUAUACAAUCCACUUUUCAUAUAACUGUUUGUGAGUAUGGGGGGAAUGUCACUGGAAUUAAGAUACUUUACAACUUUUGCAAAAAAUAAAGGGAUUAAUAAUCGGUUAAAUACCAUAAAAAAACUCCCUGUAUGAACACAACAGCAGCAUGUCCAUGGGGCUGAAAAUGGAUGAAGCAGGUCAUGCAAAUUGAGAUGUACUACAGCAGCUGACAGCAGCUUCACAGAAGUAUACUUACCGUGUUUCUUGUAUAAAUAUGUUCCAAACUGACAUCUGACAUAAGGAGAGUAAUAGUGCAGUAAGUGCACAGCACAGGAGGCUUGCAUAUGUAAAGAAUUGCAUUUUUUCACUGUAUAAAUUCAUGUCUUGUAUAAUUUUGUAUAUUCACCAUGAAGGCUUCUGAAAGUGUCCAAGACGUGUCUAAAAUGAUUUUUAAACAACUUAUUAAAUCAAAUUUUUGACAAUA